AUGCUGUCUCCCCUCUUCAUUCUUGCAGGAGUUGUCUUCACAAUUCUAUAUCUUCGUACCAGGCCUCGCAAGAAUCUCCCACCUGGUCCCAAGCCCCUCCCUGUCCUCGGCAACAUUAGGGACAUGCCAGAUGGGACGACCCCAGAAUACCAACACUGGAUCAAGUUCAAAGAUCUUUACGGCCCCAUCAGCCAUGUCUCCGUUUUUGGCCAAUCUCUCAUAAUACUCCACGAUCGUGAUGCUGCGAAUGCUAUCUUGGAGAAAACCUCCACAAAAACUUCAGGAAGAGCACAGUUCAUCUUUGGAAAUGAGAUGUGCGGGUACAAUCAAAUCCUCAGCUUCAAACCAUACGACAAGUCAUUCAAACAACAUCGCAAGUUGGUUCAUCAACAGCUGGGCACUAAAGCUGCUGCAUCGCGGUUCAGGGACGUUCAGGAUGUGGAAUCUCGUCGUCUGUUGUUUCGGAUCCUGGAGAACCCCGAUAAAUUGACCUCGCAUAUCAAGACUGAGGCCAGCGCCAUAAUUCUGAAAAUUACGUACGGCUACAACGUAAAACCGCACGAAGCCGACCCCUUGGCGCUCUUGAUAGAGCAGAUGAUGCAUAAUUUCUCAUUUGCAUUCAUCCCCAUGAGUUGGGCGGUAGACCUCUUACCGAUACUUAGGUAUUUUCCUGACUCGCUACCGGGCAUGUCGUUUAAAAGGAUUGCGAGGGACUGGAACGCCAAUAUGCGCAUGGUAGUUGAGGUGCCUUACGGCUUCGUGAGAAAGCAAAUGGCAAAGCAGUCUCAUCGACCAUCUUAUGUAUCCUCGCUUAUUAAGCAAUAUGAUAGUGCUCUGGAUACGGAGAGCGAGACAGCGAUUAAGCAAACGGCCGCGGUUAUGUACGCUGGAGGUGCUGAUACCACCGUCUCAUCUAUUCGUGGCUUUAUACUAGCUAUGUUGCUCUUCCCAGACGUUCAGAGGAAGGCACAGCAAGAGAUCGAUUCCGUUGUUGGGUCUGAUAGGCUUCCCAAUUUCGAAGAUCGCGACAACCUGCCAUAUGUCGAUGCCUUGAUCAAGGAAACACUGCGAUGGAUCCCCGUCGCUCCAAUGGGAGUCCCUCAUACGGCUGAUGAGGACAUUUACUACAAAGAUUUUGUCAUCCCAAAAGGAGCGUCCUUCCUACCGGCAACAUGGUGGUUCCUCCACGAUCCAGCGAUCUAUCGGGACCCGUCUUCUUUCGAUCCGGAUAGAUACCUUGAACCUCGAAAUGAACCGCAUCCAAACUUCGCAUCAUUUGGGUUUGGUCGCAGAGUCUGUCCGGGGAGAUUUCUUGCUGAAGAGAGCUUAUUCAUCAGCAUUUCCCGUCUCUUGGCAUCCUUCGACAUAAAGAAAGCUGUUGAUGGACGUGGCAAUGAGAUUGAACCAGAGAUAAGCGUCACGCCAGGUAUGAUUGGUCAUAUACACGAUUAUCCUUAUGACAUCAAGCCGAGAAACGAGAAUUACGCGGAUAUGAUAAGAAAAGUUGAGAUUGAGCAUCCAUGGGAGGAAGGCGAUGCUCAGUUUCUGGAGGAGUAG